AUGUAUCGAGAUGCCACUCCAAUUGAUACCCUAGAGCUGCCUCAAGGGGUUUUAUUCCCGGAAGAUGAAGACCGCACGUUUCCAAUGUAUCGCAUUCUCUCCCAGUACGAUCGGAGCUUAUCCCAUGAGGCAGAUGCGGAUCAGUCGCUCACUAUGUCAAUCCCCAAAAAGGACAGUUAUUCACAUCCAGAUAAACUAGGAACGAUCAACGGGCUAGUUCCAUUUACUUCUUUAAGUGAGGCAAAUACUAAGCUUAGUGAGCCUAUGAAUCGGGGUUCAUCUCUCCCCGAUUUGAGCUCAACGAGUGUCAAGGAGCAGGUAGCGUAUGUUUCUACGGCGCACAGGAACUCAAGCUCAAGAUGGGAUCCUGAUAUAACCGAUCAGGCAAUUGAGGGAUCAUACUCCAAACAGCAAAACACCAUCAGACAGAGUAGCCCCUUACUAGAGCUUUCUAAAAAUCUCGGAAAUCAUAUCGACCCUUCAAUGCCGAGUCCCUUACCAAGCACAUUCAGCAACUCGCAUCCAUCAAGUCUAGGCAACUCGAGUAACGUAACCGAAUACGACUCAACGAACUCAAGCGACUUUGAAGAAGAUAUUAAUGGGAUGGACCACGCCAUUCUACAACCCCUUACAUCAUCCAUACUAGAAGAGCUAUUAUCUGUAUUCUAUAGGCAGCUCAGUCUAUCGAGAAAUCGGCCGAACGAAGCUGCUUCCGGAAAUACGACGUCACGCCCUCAAAGUCGCACAGCAACCCAAAAACAGGGUGACUCUCCCAGUAAAGACUCAAUCACUUCAUCACGGGGUAAAAGGAGGCGCAAAGACAGUGACCAGCAUCAAUCAGGGGACGAAGGAGACGAAGACAGAUACCCACACAAGAAGCUUCACCUAGACCGCCCUGUUGAAGUUCAACCUACAUUCUGGGCGUGUCCGUUCUCUAAAUGGAAGCCCCUAUCAUAUUGCAAAUGCCGUCAGUAUAUCCUAAAGGAUAUAUCCAGAGUGAAGCAGCACCUUCGUCGAUACCAUGAGAGACCUCCAUACUGCCCUGUAUGCUGGGAAGUAUUCCGAGAAGAAGACGGGUUUGAAAGUCAUAUCCAAGAUCGUAGUUGCUCCCCGCGACCAAAACCAGACCUAGAAGGUAUAACUACAACUCAACAAAAGCAACUCGAACGUCGCUCCGAUAAGCAACUCUCAAAGCCGGAACAGUGGUACGCGAUUUAUACGAUAUUAUUUCCAGGUCAACCGCAUCCAGACAGUCCGUACUUGGAGAGUGACUUAUCUUCUGAGCUUUUGUUGUUGCAGAAGUUCAUCGCAACGGAUGGGUUGGAAAUCGUGGAGCGUAAAGCUCGAGAACAUAUACCGCCAGAUUUAAUGCCCCUUGAAGAUGAGGUGCUAGCCUAUUCGCAGGCCUUAUUUCAGCAAGCAAUACCAGAGAUACUCCAAAGGUACGACGCUUCUAGGCCCAUUAACCACGGUCCCGCGACACUCAAAAGAUCUGGGUUAUCUUCGUUAAGUGGGACCGAUUGCGAUUCCGGAUAUGGCACAUUAUCCCAAGAAGAUAGAAGCACCCAGAAUAAAGGAUUAGGCGUACACAAAGAGCAGAAUUGCGCUACAAUAAGCGGUAUCGACCAUACUGGUAUCGACUGGACGACAAUAAACGAUGUUCAGAUACAGGCCCUGUUAACCAAAAGUCAAGUUACGGCAGAUGCAACCCAAUGUCAAGAUUUAUCCAAUGUUCAAAUAAGCCUCGAAAGCGGCUCUGAGCAAUUUACACAUCAUGGAUCUCUAGAUUUACCAUCGGAUUUCACGUCACAUCCCUGUGAUGAAUACCAGCUAUUUAGAAUAAAUGAGAGCGAAGCAACAUUCGCUAACGGCUCAUACAAUUGGGAUGCUGCUGUUGGCGCCAUAUUCGACAACAACGGGACUUCAGCGCCGACAGAUCACAGCUAG